ACACUGUUUCCUUAUCCCCAAAAUGCUGCACAUGGAACCAGGUAACAUUAAGCUGGAGGGGGAGGAGUAUUUCACGCUUUAUAAAGCUUUGUUUUAACAUUUGCCUGUGUUCAGUAUGUGCAGCAAAUUGUCUUCAAAAGCAAUCAGUUCAGUGCUACUUUGGUAAAAAUGGACUUGGUCCACAGACACAGGCUGCAGUUACUUGGAUUGCUGCUGUCUGUAAUAGGAUGGAUUUUAACUGGUACCUGUAACUAUUUACCAGACUGGAAAAACCUUGGCUUAGACUUAAAUGAACUGGAGUUUUGGACUAUGGGACUCUGGCAAACCUGCGUAGUCCAAGAUGUUGGAGGAACACAGUGUAAAGACUUUGAUUCUUUCCUAGCUUUGCCUGUAGAAUUCAGGAUUUCCAGGAUUUUAGUAUCUACAUCAAACGGACUAGGACUUCUGAGCCUCAUCAUCUCUAGCCUUGGUUUGGACUGCCUAAAGAUAGAGGAUACAGAACAGAAGCUAAAGAAACAGCUGUUACUACUUGGAGCAAUACUCAUGUGGAUAUCUGGAGUUCUGGUCUUAGUUCCUGUUUCUUGGGUUGCCUACAAGAUAAUCCAGGAAUUUUGGGAUGAGGUGAUCCCAGAGAUUGUGCCCAGAUGGGAAAUAGGGGAUGCAUUGUUCAGUGGUUGGUUUGGUGGUUUUUUUAUAAUUCUAGGAGGCUCUCUACUCCUCUUGACAAUCUUCUUAUCAUCUGACCAUCAAUUACCAGAACGGCAUACAAUGGCAGAUACGCAAGACAACCGUCAACAGGUGGAAAUUAGAAAUGGGAGACUUUAAAAAGGGUACAUGCAAGGUUUCUGGAUUUCUUUCUCUUGCGUUACAGUAAGAAAAUGCUGAUGAACAGACUGGAUACUGUUUACAAGACUGGGGGAGGGAUUAUUACAGUCUGGUUCCUUUCAUUUCUACUUACUUUCAAUUUUAAUUAGAUUGUAAUAGCUCAUCAAUUAACGUAAGUCACCAUUGUUUUUCUUCAAAAUCUGAUCAAUUGCAGUGUUCUUCAUGGUAUUUUUAUGUUAAUUUGCUUGACUGUGUUGGUGUUGUUUUUCAUGUUAAAUGAGUAAAAAAUUGUGGAUCUCUAGGCAUGCAUGGGGACUUAACACUCUGAAAUAACAGAAGCCCUAAAGUUCUGAAAGAGUUUGCAGUGCCAGUUCAACAUACAUUACAAAAAUCUAAUACAAGACAUAACCUUAAAUUCCACAGACCUUUAUUCAUUUGCAGUAGUCUACACUGUUUCCUUGGUGUCAUACAAUAUUUUCUAUCUAGGGUGUGUGUGUAAAUAUAUGUGACUGAAUAUAUCCCAGCACCACCGUACACACUCUGGAAAGCGAGCAUUUUUGAACAGUAACAAGCUGCUGUCUGCUGGAGAGUAUUCAUUGCUAUUGCAGCUUUUCUUUAAUGAAUGUAAAGAAUUAACUUCAGGCGUAUGCAUCAUUUUUAUAACUUAUCAUAAGACUUGUCAGUGACUGAUGUGAACUUCCCAUAAAUCACAAAGAUUUUACACUGACAAACCUAAAUGUUCUUUGUAGAAACAGAUGGCUGCUACAAAGGCACAAAACAGCAAUAACAAUUGAAUAAAACACUGGUCUGGAGAAGAACUUUGUUAAAAAAAAAUGUAUUUUCCAAUCACUGAAACACAUGGAAAGUGCAGAAACAAGUUAAUCUACGUGAUGUAUUUGCAUACGUUUACAGACAAAUUAGAACAGAACCACAUUCAGCAUAAAACCUGAUUAAAUAUUUAGUUCAGUCCUGAGCAUUUGAUAUUUAAUACAGCAUAAACAUAGCAAUAUUUUUUAAAAAAAUUCUUAUUUGAUUUGUGUUCUAUUACAAUUUUUUUUCUAACAUUUGCUCAUUUGGUUAAAUAUUCUUGUACCAGAAAUAUUUAAAUUUUGAUAUCUGCAACCGCAGUGAUAGUGGUACCUGGAAACAGAACUAAUUGCAUUUGUUACGCUCUGCUGUGCAGAGUAAAUUCUACUUGGAGUAAUAUCUAUAAUUGUAAACUGACAGGAUUAUCUGUUACGUGUUAGCUUAUUCUAUUGAGUGUUUUGAGGUCGGAUAAUUUAAAUUUAUUAAAAAAAAAAAAAAAAA